AUGCUUGGCGCGAACUCUCGUUUUUCUCUCUCAAGCAUUGUGUCCUUGUUUUUUCCUUCUUUCUUUCUUUCUUUUGGUCUAUCUUCCUCUUUCCUUUCUUUCUAUCUCUCUCUCUCUCUUCCCUCUCACGCAUUGUCUCUUUUUCUUCUUUCUUUUUUUCUAUCUCCGUUUGCUUUGUUUUAUUUCCAUCUAGCUCUCUUCUCUCUCCUCAUUGUGCCAUUUUUUUUCUUCUUUCUUUUGGUCUAUCUCUCUUUCCUUUAUUUCUCUUUCUGUCUGUCUGUCUGUCUCAGUCUCAGUCUCUCUCUCGCUCUCUCUCUCUGGCUUCCCUCUCACGAAUAUGUUUUUCUUUCUUUCUUUCUUUCUUUCUUUCUUUCGUUCGUUCGUUCGUUCUUUCUUUCUUUUACAUCCAUUUCUUUCUUCAUUUCUUUCUUUCUUUCUUUCUUUCUUUCUCUUGCCUUUGUUUCUCUCUAUCUUUCUUCUCUCUCACGCAUUGUCUCGUUUUCACUCUCUCUAAUUCUUUCUUUCUUUCUUUUACUCACUUUUUCUUUCACUCUUUCGUGUUUCCUCACUAUCUCAUACGUUUUUCUAUCUCUCUUUAUUUUUCUCUUUACCACGCACAAUCAUUUUCUUUUUUCAUUUUUGUCUUUUCUUGCUCUCCCAAACUAUUUCCUUUCUUUCUUUCUGUCUUUCUUUCUUUCUUUCUUUCUAAUGCUCAUUUAUUUACUCUAUUAUACUCACUUUUUCUUUCACUCAUUCUUGUUUCUCUUUACCCCUCACUCUCACUCUCUCAUACUCUUUUCUUUCUCCCCUUAUUUUUCUCUUUACCACGCCCAUUCUUUUUUGUUUUUUCUUUCUCUUUUCUUUCUUUCUUUCUUUCUUUCCUUCUUUCUUUCUUUUUCUAAUGCACACUUAUUCUCCUUUUUCUUUUCUCACAAGCUCAUUCUCAUUGUAUUUGAUUCUUUCUUUCUUUCUUUCUUUCUUUCUUUCUUUCUUUCUUUCUUGUUCUCUUAA